UCCCCAUAAUAUAAUUAUGUCCAAUUGAAAUCUUUGUACACAAUCACAGUCACACACAAAUAAAAAACGCAAAUGUUUUCCACAAAAAAAAAUCAAACUUGGACAAAUUUCCUUUGUUUUCAAUUAAUAAGAUUUUACAAUUUGCAUACACUCUUCAAAUGGACAAAUGAAAUUAAGUUCAGUUGGCCUGUUGCUCUACAAAAAAACACACACAGUGUUCAAAUUUGGAAUCGUAGUUAUUCUUUGUAACAAUAAUAAAUAGAAAUGGAUUUCGAUGAAGUACUUAAGGAAGUGGGAUCCUUUGGAUUAUAUCAAAAAAUCAUCAUUUGUGCCGUUCUAUUGCCUGCUGCCCUUCCAUGUGCCUUCCAUGCCUAUAGUCAAUUAUUUAUUGCAGCCACGCCCAAACAUUGGUGCCGUAUACCAGAAUUGGAACCUUGGGUACAGGAUUAUACCGAAUUAGUUAUGAAUCUAAGUAUACCGCUCAAUGAAAAUGAAUAUUCUCAAUGUGAAAUGUAUAUACGAAAUUAUACUGACAUCGUACGUUACAUGGAAUAUCGUACACCAGUUGAUUUACAGCGUGAUAAGGUGUGGCACAUAGGUAGUCCUUCUGGUUCAAAUUUAAUGCAGUGCCAACACGGUUGGCAUUAUGACCGUUCUCAGUACCCAACAACAGUUGUCACAGAGUGGAACUUGGUGUGUGAUCAGAGUUAUUUAGUUACACUGGCGUUGGUUAUAUUUGGUGUAGGUGGCCUUGUAGGAAAUUAUAUUUUUGGCUAUCUGCAGGAUAUGUGGGGAAGGCGGCCAAGUUUUUAUGCCUAUCUAAUAUUAGAAAUAACUGCAUGUGCUGCAAGUUCAUUGGCUUGGAGUUUUAACUCCUGGCUUGGUUUAAGAUUCAUUGUGGGCCUAACUGUACCCGCUAUAUUAGCCAGUCCCUAUGUAUUGGCUAUCGAAAUGGUGGGUCCUGAUAAACGUGUUUUCUGCACUAUAGUCUCCAACAUUGCAUAUUCGUGUGGACUAGUCUUGUUAGCCGGAAUUGUGUAUAUUGUUCGCGAUUGGAGAUAUUUAACAUUGGCAGUUUCAUUGCCAUUAUUGCUAUUAUUCUCUUGUUUCUUUGUUUUGCCCGAAUCUCCUAGAUGGUUGAUGGCAGUUGGACAACCUCGUAAAGCAGCAAAAGUCCUAAAGACGAUGGCGAGAGUAAAUGGCUUAACUGUUGUUCCUGAUUUUGUCAAUAUAAUCGAGCAAAAAUUCCAAUCAACUCACCAACCUAGCAAUAAUUCAACUUCUGCAGGUAUUUUGGACCUAUUCCGGACUAAAAAUAUGUGUCGCAAAACAUUGAUAAUUACAUUGAUAUGGUUUGCCAAUACUAGUGUAUACGUUGGUCUAAGUUAUUAUGCUCCUGCUUUGGGUGGCGAUGAAAUAUGGAAUUUCUUUUUAGCGGGUGCUGUCGAACUACCAACAUACGUUUUACUUUGGCCGGGUUUAAGCUAUUUUGGGCGUCGUUUUAUAUUGUGCAUUUCAAUGUUAUCUGGUGGCGUGGCAUGUCUUGCCACGUUUCUUUAUAGUCAAAAUGCCGACAUGAUGUUAAUAUUAUAUUGCAUUGGUAAAAUGGGGAUUUCAUCUGCUUUUGUUGUACUGCCGUUAUUGGCAUCGGAAAUUUAUCCCACCGUCGUGAGAGGCUUAGGUAUGAGCUUCAGUUCAGUUAUAGCUAUGAUCGGUCCCAUAGUUAUUCCAGUUAUAAAUCACAUGGGGGAACAAAUGCUAGUUUUACCCCUGAUCGUAAUGGGUUCUCUGUUAAUAGUCGGUGGAGUGGCUAGCUUAUUUUUGCCAGAAACUAAAGGCAAAAACUUGCCUCAAACAAUAGCGGAAGGUGAAUCUGUUCCUUUGAGCUUUCUUUCGAACUGUUGUGACAAUGAGCCCAAAAAUAAUGCUCACAAACCCCGGAAUUCAAGAUCGAAUACCUGUAAACGACAAUAUACAGUGUGUAGUAUUUGUAAAACGGAAAUAAAGAAUCGGGGCGUUUAAAAAAUCUAUUUGUAUGUAUAGAACAAUGUUUAU